UGUAAAGAUAUAAUAUAGUCGUGUUAAAAUUUAGUACGUCCUAAGAUUGAGUAUAUAUAAGUUUAAUAUAAAUCCCUGUUAUAAUAUAAAAUGGAUGUAUUUAGAACAAGCGGAUUGAUACCGGAUGUUCUCGAUGAAGUACCACCGGCUGCUUUGAAGAUAAAGUUUGGAAACGCUGAGUUACGACCAGGGGAUACUCAAACUCCAACCAAUGUCAAGGACGUUCCCUCUGUUACAAUUGAGCAAGAUGCUAGCGAAUUCUUUACACUGAUUUGUCACGAUCCUGACGCUCCCUCGAGAGAAGAUCCUAAAUUUGGUGAGUUCCAGCACUGGUUGGUAAUGAACAUUACAAACAAUGACAUCAACACUGGCGAAGAGUUGACCACAUACAUUGGAUCUGGAGCACCUAAAGGAACUGGUUUACAUAGAUACAUUUUCUUAUUGUUCAAGCAAACCAACGGUAAGAUAGAAACAAAGGAUUUACCAAGGGUGCCAAAUAACACAGCGGAUGGUAGACGCCUUCAGAAAGCUAGGGAUAUAGCAAAACGGUUCAAUUUACAACUAGUCGCUGGUAAUUUCUAUCUGGCAGAGUGGGAUGACUACGUUCCUGUGCUUCAUGCGCAACUAGGGUUUGGAAAAUAAAUAAUUAACGCUACAAUCGGGACAUCAAGGCUAUUAUCAAUAAUAACUUCUUAUCCGAACUUUGACAGAAAGGGACAAGAAGAUGCGAUUGUUAACGGUAAAUAACUUAAAUGGAGGUGUCCAUAUUUCAAUUUGGACAAAACCAAUCAAAAAUGGGUCUUUUACAACAGUUGGUUAAUUUUCUAAUAAAACGUUAGAUAUAUCGUCAAUUUGUGAAAGAGAAACACUUGGAUUAAUUUGAACUCUCACAAGCGUCUUCAUGAUUUCACAAAUCCAGACUCAAACGAGAUAGGCAAUAGCAUCUUUAUGUUGUACAGGGAGCAGUUUCAAUAAUAUUUAAAGAUCCCUAAUCACUCAAUAUUAUCGUGUAUUUCUUGAAAUAUAGUUAAAAAAACUGU